UCAUGGCAUCUGCAAUCGAAGCCAGAUCUCUGGCUCUUUUAACGACGAUUGCAUCCGAUCCUCCGGCGUACCCAAGAAAUCCAACUCAACUUCCACAUGCUCCGCUGACUCUGUAUAUUGUGAGAGUUCCUGGCAGCAAAGGUAUGCAUUUCUUCAAUCGGUUCGAGAGUUUGAUCCUGACCAGGAUUCAGNAUGUCUUUCUAACCCCUCUGAAACCACGGGAAAAGGUCGUCAGUGCCGAAGAUGUCCAGAGCUCCUUGUACUUCUUGCAUAUCGAUAUUCCAGAGGAUGACCUUGUCGAGUUACCCGAGGAAAUCACUGUACCGGAUGUUCCUGCCGCGUCAACAAUCAGUCGUAAACCACUACCGACCCCUCCCACUUCUCCUGCGGAUGGUUCUCCGAGACAAAGGAGUCCUGUCUUUGACACUAAGCAACAGCUUGGAGUUCCCCAGCGCAAGCCCGUCCGUCAAAGCCUGGACCUCCCAAACAUUCCACCGCGACCACCCAUGAGAAGUCCUACGAGCCAACACGGCCAGUUCACCAUGGAUGAACAUUCUGAUAACAGACCAUCCUUUUCCAGGCGACCGCUCAGCAAUCAGUUCUUGGACCCAAACGUGGUUUCGGGUAGGCCUUCUAUGAGCUCUCGAAGUUCUUACGCCACCGAGGGCACUAGUCGAACUUCCUACGAAGGUCCUUCAACUCCCGAAGGGGAUGAACGCUGUGUCUCGCUGACCCUUAUCCGCCGAGAUCCGUCAUCAGGCUUCCAGUGGAACGUAGCGAAGAUUCGUGAUCCGCCAGUCCAUGAAGUAUCUUCUGUGCUGGGAGGAGAUGGCUCCAUCAAGACCAAGAAGGCAGGAGCUCCCCUAUUCAUCGAGAUCUACAAUCCUGGAUACUCGAAGUUUCUGCAGUCCGACCAUAGCAGACCGGCUUCUCAGGGAAGUGCUGAUAUGGCUUCGCUCUCGCCAAAUCUGUCUUCGAGCCAUGACAAUACAUUUCGCCGAAGGCUCUACAUGGAUGGAUCAAGAUUUGCCGACCACUCAUAUGGACAUCGCAAGACUCCUUCCUGGAAUGGCGAACAGCAAAGUCAACGUUCUUCCGUGCAGUUGAAUCGACAGAGCUUGCAAGCUGCACCGAAAGCUCUGGUUGAUAGGAGGAGCAAAGGCUACACCUUCCGCAGCCCAUGGGGUGGAAAAUGCGAGUUCUCGACUGGCGCGGCUGGCAGAUCAUUGAAGAAUCCUUCAAGCGCUGCAUCAGAAGUUAGUGAGCUGCGCUUCAACCUUCCAACAGGAAGCACUACUAGGAGUAUUGUGUCUACUGAUCCUGGAGCAAAGAGAUCCUCAGUAGUUUCAAGGCCAGCCCUGCACAGGCAUUCAACUUCGGACGAGCUUACCAAUGGUCCUCUUUCUCCUGGCAUGGCAAAGUUCCUGGACGAACAUGGUAACAUUGAUCUCUCUCUUGGACAGGAGCGUGCUGGAGGUGGUUUCCAGGGGAAGCAGGCCAAGCUCGGAAAACUCAUCAUCGAGGAUGAAGGUGUCAAGAUGUUGGAUUUGAUAGUGGCAGCCAACAUGGCCCUCUGGUGGAGGGCGUACGAGAGAAAGCAC